AUGUCCAAGUUAUUCGCUCCCAUCAACGUCGGGCGCAUGUCCCUCGCUCACCGCAUCGCCAUGGCCCCGAUGACUCGUUUCCGCAUCGACGACGAGCACGUCCCCCUCCCCAUCGUCAAAGACCACUACGAGCAGCGCGCCAGCGUCCCCGGAACCCUCCUCAUCACCGAAGCCACCCUCGUCUCCCCCCGCGCCGGCGGCUUCCCCAACGUCCCGGGCAUCUGGAGUGACGCGCAGAUCGCCGCCUGGCGCACCGUGACGGACGCCGUCCACGCCAAGGGAUCCUACAUCUACAUGCAGCUCUGGGGCCUCGGACGUGUCGCCAGCCCCGACCUGCUGAAGCAGGGCGGUUUCGAUCUCACCGGCCCCAGCGCGACGCCCGUCAGUCCGGAGGCCCCCGUCCCGCGCGCCCUCACGGAGGACGAGAUCCGCGCCUUCAUCGCCGACUACGUCCAGGCGGCCCGUAACGCCAUCGCCGCCGGCUUCGACGGCGUCGAGAUCCACGGCGCAAACGGCUACCUGAUCGACCAGUUCAUCCAGGACACGUCGAACCAGCGCACCGACGCCUGGGGUGGCAGCGUCGAGAACCGCGCGCGCUUCGCUCUCGAGACGAUCCGUGGCGUCGUUGACGCUGUCGGCGCGGACCGCACCGCUGUCCGCUACAGCCCGUUCAGUACGUUCCAGGGUAUGCGCAUGGCGGACCCCAUCCCGCAGUUCGAGUACUUGGCGCGCAAGACGGCGGAGUUUAAGUUGGCGUAUGUCCAUGUCGUGGAGGCGCGCGUGGCCGGCAACGCGGAUGUUAAUGAGACGGGCGAGUCGUUGGAUUUCUUUGUUCAUGCAUACAGCGGCGCUGGGCCUGUGAUGGUCGCUGGUGGGUAUAAGCCUGAGUCGGCGAAGGAGGCGGUUGAUAAGCGUUACAAGGACCAUGAUGUUCUGGUGGCGAUUGGACGGCCCUGGACCGCGAACCCGGAUCUGCCGUUCAUGGUUAAGGCUGGUCUGCCUUUGCGGCCGUAUGAGAGAGACGUCUUCUAUCUGCCUAAGGAUCCGAAGGGAUACGUCGACUAUGAGUUCAGCGAGGAGUUCAAGGCUGUUCAGGCGGCGGCUUGA